UUGUUCGCGCAUGCGUAAUAAUUUUCGUUUAUUAGUAUUGAAGGUGUCUCAAGUUGUUAGAAGUUAUUAUCAUCCUGUUUAACAUUCCUUAAAAGCAAUUAUUUUUUUCCCGUUAAAAUACUUUUUUUUUAUAUCUUGCAUGUAGAAAUUUCCGUUUGUAGGAAAAACAGUGAAAUUACAAUAUGACGCCAGUCGACAGUACUCCGAGAGAAAAUAUGGGAGGCUUUGAGCUUAUUUGUUCAUUGAAGUCAAACGAUAUUAUACCGGUACAUAAAUAUAAAUCUAAUAAUACAGGUCUAACGGUUUUUAUAGCAGAAGUUGAUGGUCCGAUUGUUGAUGGUUACUUUUGUCUUGCAACCGAAGCAUUCGAUGAUGAUGGAUUACCGCAUACCUUGGAACAUCUCAUUUUUUUGGGUAGUGAAAAUUAUCCAUAUAAAGGAAUUCUUGAUUUAAUGGCCAAUAGAUGUCUUGCAUCUGGUACUAAUGCAACGACAGAUAUAGAUGUUACCUUCUACACUAUGACAACAGCUGGUAGCGAAGGAUUUUUAUCAUUAAUGCCUAUUUAUCUGGAACAUAUACUGUAUCCUACGCUACAGGAUGCUGCAUAUCUUACGGAAGUUCAUCAUAUUAAUGGAAAGGGUGAAGAUGCAGGAGUCGUUUAUUGUGAAAUGCAAGGGAAGGAAAACAUAGGAGAAUAUCUGGUCUAUAAUGAAUUAUCUAGAGCAAUAUAUCCUGGGCAUUGUGGCUAUAAAUCAAUGACAGGAGGAGCAUUAAAAAAUUUAAGAGAGAGUACAAAUAAUGAUAAAGUUAGAAAAUAUCACAAGGAAUUCUAUCGUCCUGAAAAUUUAACAAUAAUAAUAGCAGGACAAGUGAAUCAUGAUAAAGUUUUUAAAGCGCUACAACCUGUAGAACAAAUGAUUCUGUCAAAAGGUCCUAGAGGUCCAUUUGAAAGACCUUGGCAAAGUUCAGUACCACCAUUUACAGAAAGUGUGUACAUAGAUUUGUUUUAUCCAUGCGAUGAUGAAGAUAAUGGUAUAAUAAAUGUUGGUUGGCGUGGACCAUCCUGUGUUCAUGAAAUUUAUGAUCGAAUUGGUUGCUCUUUGUUAUUGAAGUAUCUUACAGAUACAUCAGUUAGUCCACUACAAAAAGAUUUUGUAGAGAUAAAGGAUCCUUAUGCGAGCAAUGUUGUAUAUUCCUUGUGUGAAAAUUCUGUUUCUAUUCUUUAUAUAAUUUUUGAAAAUGUUCCUAAACCUAAAAUUCCUCUUUUCUCGACCCGUUUAUCAGAGGUUUUAAAGCAAAUACAUGAAAAUGGUAUUGACAUGAAGAGAAUGAAAUCUGUGAUACAUAGAAGUAUGCUUGAAACUUUAAGUAAUCUAGAGAAUGAUCCGCAUAACACUGUAGCAUUUAUGAUCAUUGGAGACGUUUUGUAUGGUAAUACUAAAGAAGAUCUGGAUCAACGAUUGAAUCAAAUAAAAGAAAUUAAAAAAUUAUUUGAGGAACCAGAAUCAUAUUGGUUAAAUCUCUUGAAAAAAUAUCUUAUUGAUGCUCCGGUAGUGAUUGUCAAGGGUAUACCUAGUAUAGAAAAACGACAUCAGCUAAUGGAAGAAGAAAAAGUACGUGUUGCUAAACAAAUAGAGAAUUUGGGCAAAGAAGGCUUACAGAAGAAAGAAAAAGAGCUCCAAGAAGCAGUAAUUCAAAAUGAGAAAUCAAUUCCUGAUGAAUUAUUAACAGCUAUAUCAAUUCCUGGCACUGAUUCCAUUAAUUACCACCAAAUUAAAAGUUACACCACAGAAACACAUGAACAGCAUCCAUAUUUUAAUAUUACGAAGUUGCCACUGUUUACAUAUUUAGAUCAUGUGAACACAAACUUUGUUUAUAUUUCUGCUAUCAUGGAUACAUCAUCCAUCACGAAAGAGCAAAGAUUGUACCUACCAUUGUUACUUGAAGCAUUCAUGGAGUCUCCAGUGAAAAGAAAUAGUCAAUUAAUACCAUAUGAAGAAGUUGUUGCUACAUUAGAAGCUGAUACUGUUGAAACAAGUACUUGCAUAGGAAUGGAUAGAUUCAUCAGAUUUUCUUGUGGGCCUUACAGUCAUAGUGCAAGUUUGAUGAUCCAAGUGGAAUUAAGUAAAUAUAAAAAAGGCGUACAAUGGAUUAGAGAACUUCUAUAUGAGACAGAAUUAAUGUCUAAUAGAUUAAAAAUAAUUGCAACCAAGAUGAUAAACAAUGUUGCACAGAUUAAAAGAAGAGGAAGUAAAAUAGUCAGUGAUUUGAUGAAAGGUUUAACAUAUAAUGAAGAUAACAAUUUUUAUGCAUCAAGUCUUUUACGCCAACAAAAAUUCCUUACUAAAAUGAUCGAACGUCUCAAUAAUGAAUCGAGUGAACAAGAAGUAAUAGAGGAAAUCGAAUUGAUUAGAAAAGUCUUAACUUCUACUGAAAAUAUGGUAUUAUAUAUAGCUGUUAAUAUCGAUAAAUUAUCAGCGGAAGUUGAAGAUGUCUACGCUCCAUGGAAUGAUUUUUUUUCGGACGUAAACACUAUUGGAAAGAAGCCACUGAAUGUAACUUCCGACUGGCAGCUAAUGAAUCUUUCCAAGGAUGAUACACGUCAAGGUUGUGUAACAGGUUUAGGAUGUAUAGAUUCAUCGUAUCUAGCACAAUCCUGCCAAAGUAUAAACGAUUUUCAACAUGAAGAUUUAGCGGCUCUAUUUGUAUGCUUGCAAUAUUUAAAUCAAACCGAGGGUCCUAUGUGGAGAUUAAUUCGAGGACAAGGUCUUUCAUAUGGCUAUGGUAUCUAUCCAAAAGUAAAUGAAGGUUUAUUAUAUUUCUCAUUGUAUAAAUCAGCCAAUGUUGUAGCAGCAUACAAAGAAGCAAGAAAUAUAGUUCAAGCACAUUUUGCCAAGGAUAAAUGGGAAAAGUUACUUUUUGAAUCGGCUAAAUCCUCAUUAAUAUUUGAGAUUAUUAACAAGGAAAAAACUGUAGAUGACGUAGUUAAACAAUCACUCUUGUUUUAUUUUAAAAAAGUACCACACGAUUACAAUAAUCAAAUGGUACGUCGUAUAUCGACCGUUACCAUAGACGAUCUAAAUCGCGUAGCAAUUCGCUAUGUGAAACCAUUGUUUUAUCCAUCGGAAACUAAAACAACUAUAGUUUGUCAUCCAUCAAAGGCUUCGGAAGUGGCAGCUGCAUUUAACGAAUUAGGACAUAAAUUGGAGGUUUAUAAUUCCUUAGAAGAAACAUUCUUGAAUGAGUAAAAAAUGUAAGAUAAUGAAAUUAAGAUAUACUUUUUACUAAUUUUGAUUAAUUUGAUUAAUUUUUUCGGAGUUGGCUGCUUGUACAUUGCUGCUGUACGAGACAAUUUAAUCGCGAGUGUACACUUUACCAUAGAAUGUAAUAUUUGAUACUUUGUCAUAUUAUGCAAAUUAUUAGUUAAUUAUUCAAAUUAUAUAAAAUUAAUAUAAAACGAAUUAUAAAUGAAUAUACGUAAGAAAAGCGUUGAGAGGUUUCUAUGAUGAUAUUAAUAUACGUUACGAUACUUAAAAUGCUUAAUUCAAACAGAAUUUUGUCAGGUGACUAUAAUGAUCUUUAACACAUAAUGAACGUUUAACGUUGGGUGACAAUAGUCAUCUUUAGUAUAGAGCGACGUUAGGUUACUACAGUCACUUUUAUUAAGGAAAGAGUUAAAUAUGAUUAUGUAUUAUUAAGAUUUGUAUUAUUUAAAUAAAUAAAAAUGAAGAAGCAUAGCAACUUGAAAA